AAAAAUAAGUGCCCCACAGCCCCGCUACGGCCCUGCAUAGAUAAUUAUUUGCGUGAAUUCGUAUUUCCCAAUUGCCGCUGGCACAAAGCUACGUGGGCGUACGAGAUGGUGCGCGAGCAUGAUCUUUUCCAGCUCGCGGCGCAUGCGCUCAUAGGCUCCCUCUGUCACGUCAACACUUUUACCGGGAAACACUGUUGUAAUGCAUUGCUAAAGAAGAUCUCAGCGAACCUAGUUUGACUAUUGGCAAGAGGCUACGAUGUUUCGCUGGUGUAUGGACAGUAGACUGAUGCAGAUUGCCGGUAUUAGAGAGUCCAUGCCACUCGACAUCCCUUCCGUGUGUUUUAGAACUUCUCAAGACACAUUUGUCACAGCCAUGCCUCCAUCAUGUGGGGACGGUGUGUUCAGCACCAAUGCUUCGUCUAUUGGGAGGGCCGAGCAGUUCGAGGCCGUCCAGCACUCGCAGGGGCGAGUGGCACUCAGGACAUGUUACGGGACGUACAUCAAGUUUACCCCAGCCUCCAAGAAUGGCGCGGUCCGCAUGGACAGCGAGACUAUAGGGCCCUGGGAAAUAUUCCAGAUAGUUCGUCUUCCUGGUCAGAAAUUUGCACUGUACACCGAUCAUGGGACUUAUGUCUCAGCACUCGAACCGAACCAGCAACGCGCCCCGCCCACGGAUGGUCUACGCAUCACGAGUCAUCAUCUCUUCUAUGUCGAAACGAUACCCGAAACACUAGGCGUAUCACAGGUAUUCGUCCUACGGACCUUUUGGGGGACGUACGUCACAGCCUGCAAGCCAGAACAUGACCAGUGCGGGCCGAUAUUCACAGACUCGAAGGAUGAAGGAGAGCGAGAAGAGUUCUGGUUCAGGGAAGAAAAGCCAGGACAUUUUCUCAUUGAAACGUGCUUUGGGGAGCUUUUAUGCGCGAAGGAACCGAAGGGUCUAGGGCCAGUCAAAACAGACUCGAAAAAGAUCUGCAAAGAGGCAAAGUUCCAAUUUGUGUACUUGACGAACGACAAGGUUCUUGUCAAGACAGUAUAUGGGACGUACCUCAGCACUAGAGAUCCAGAUAUACGGACAGGGGAGGGGUCCCUAGAGGCAAGGGAAGACCGUAACACCUGUCCAGAGAUGGUGUUUGAAAUGAUCACUCUGAAUGAUUUGGACGAGGAACGCGUCCCAUCUCAGUGCUGUACUGUUUGCUAACCAGUGGGGACAUUACUAUGCUAAUGUGCAUGGUAAUAAUGAUAAAAUGUUAAAUAAUAGUGGUACGAUAAGCAAAAAAAAUAAAAAUAUAGUCGA